GUUUAAUAAGAGCGCCCGUAGAAAUACACAUCAUCGACUGAACUUCAACCAAAGCAGAGGCGAAAGCAGCAGCGCAGUUCUAAAUUUUCACAAAUUUUAAUCUAUAAAAAGGCAGAAAAUUUACAGCUCAUCAACUGAAAAACCAAGAAUUUGUUCCAGAAACCCAUAAAAUCGUCAAGCAGCAAAAUGAGUCUCGUCUGGACUUUGAUUGCAACAUUUCUGUACGCAGAAAUUGUUGUAGUUCUCCUACUGGUUCUACCCGUAGCCAGCCCAUACAAAUGGAACAGACUUUUCAAAUCCAAAUUUUUGGCGAUGUUAGCCCAGCAGGCACACCUUUAUUUCUUCUUGAUAAUGGGUGUGUUAAUUCUCUUCCUUUUGGAUGCCAUACGCGAAAUGAGGAAAUAUUCAACUCAUGAACCCGGUGGCCACGAACAUUUGAAUGUGGAAAUGCAGCAUAGCAUGCGUCUUUUCCGCGCACAACGCAAUUUCUACAUUUCCGGAUUUGCUAUAUUCCUUGUGUUGGUCAUACGCCGUUUAGUUACAUUGAUUUCAGCACAGGCAAACUUGUUAGCACAAAGUGAGGCUUCAAUGAAGCAGGCACAGAGUGCUACAGCAGCAGCACGGACACUUAUGGCCGAAAAGAGUACCGAAAAGGCAAAGGAAGCCACUGAGGACACCACAUUGAAUGAGCUCAAUGAAUUGCGAAAAAAAGUACAAGAACUCACCGCCGACUUAAAUCGCGAGAAGAAGGAUAAGGAGGCUUUAAAAUCACAAGCCGAAAGCUUGAACAAGGAAUACGACAGACUCACCGAUGAGUACAGCAAGUUGCAAAAAAAGAUUACAAUAAGUGAUCAUGGUAGUGGUGGCAAAGGAGGCGAAAAGGACGAUUAAAUAAGCUGAGUAGUCCAUCCUGAAACCUAUUUAAACAUUUGAAGUAUAUUUGUAGGUAUAUAUUUUUGCUACAACUAGUAAAAAUAUCAAGUGUACCUUGGGAAAAGCAGCUUAACUGUUUAAUGGACUGUCGUUAAAUCAAUAUCUCGAGAAGUUUAAAAGUUACAAUAACAAGUGAUGAGUUGAUCUAAAUUAAAAGUAUAUAUCUAAAAUAAUACGGAAAGCGAAUUAUAUUAAUUAGAUUUACUUAUAAAUUUUUAUAUUCAUAUGUACUAUAAAAAUAACAAAGUUAAUAUAUCAAUGAACAAGAAAA